AUGACAGGCGCAGCGCAAGGAAGCAACGAGAAAAGCGUCAAUGGCGCUACUCGUACCACAAAUUUUGGCGUAAGCAACGGCAAUGGCAAAGUGAUCGACUCGAUCGAUGGCAAGGCAGGGUUCAAUCCGAGCCUUGAGCGCAACUCCAAGCAGCUGGCGUCACCUACAGAAGCCUUCUUGACAGUUGCGGCGGCCCAAAUUGGGCAGAUCAUGCUGACACUACCGAACGCAAUCUCCAAGACUGGGCUAAGCGCCGGAAUUGUGGUCAGCAUGGUGACAGCUUUCCUGUCGCUGUGGACCAUGUAUAUGCUCUCAGCCCUCUACCAAGAACGCAAGCGCGACCUGGUCAUUGCGUGCGCCGGUGACAUGUACUACAUUGACAAGUCCUACAGCAAGCGCACCUACGAGCUCAUCUUUGGCAGCGUGCUCAUGCUCUUUGCCUUUGUCCCGACAUUCCGCCACUUCCGCGUCCUGAAUGUCAUUGCACUCUUUGGCACGAGCUUCACAGCGCUGUUCAUCCUGGUGGAGGCAGGCAAGAAGGGCAUACAGCCGGGAGCGGCCCUGACCAAGCCGGUCAGUGCGCAGGCCUUCUUCCUGGGCACCUCUGUUCAGAUGCAGGCCAUGGGCGCCCACGGCAUCGCCCUGGAGAUGCACGAUGCCAUGCAGGACUCCUCCAGGUAUGUGGCGGCCUACUUUGGCGGCUGGAUAUGGACGAUCCUGCUGACCAUGCCCCAUUCCAUUGCUGUCAACCUGGCCUGGCCCAAGCUGAUUACUACAAAUGACAACGUGUACGGAGUCCUGCCGCUCUCCAACGCCAUGCGCCUCUCUGUCUGGCUCAUGAUCAUCCACCAGUUUGUGGCAUUUGCUCUGUACGUCACUCCUCUCCUCUACAUGAUUGAGAAGGUGCCGCUUGUGAUCUUCUUCCUCGGAGUUGCAUUCCCCUUCUAUGGCACCAUCAACUCUCUCAUGGGCGCUAUCUCUGUCCCGACCACCUCUUUUGUGCUGCCUGCCGUGGCCUUCAACUGGUACUACCGCACCGAGGCCCGCCGCAACAGCUCUGCUUUGCCUCCAUACUCGCCCUUCAACAAGUUUGGCUGGAAGGUGGCUUUUGCCCUCAACUACUUCAUCAUGGUGGUCUACGCCGCCUUCACUGUCGGCGGCAUCUUCUUCUCCAUCCAGCGCAUUGUGCAGCAGUCAUACACGUUCGGAGUAUUUGCAGAAUGCUACCAGUGCCCAAAGCUGGCCAAUGGCGGCAACCACUAUGGCUAGCAGCCCACUACCAGCCCAUAUAAGAGGAGCCCAUCUGACACAAGCCCACUGGUUGCACCUGCAAUGCCAAUCCCUUUUUUGGGUUCUUGGGGUCAUUUCUGGCUGGCUUUGAGCAUUUGUGCGGUGCAGUCGCAUAAUUUUGGCAUCUUUGCGGAGUGCUAUCAGUGCUAGAAGCUGCCCAACGGGGGUUACCACACCUGAACAUCAACCGGAUGCUCCUGCUACACCUUAUCUGGCUCUGAGUCUCUUAGAUACAAACGAGGACCUUCGUGCCCAUGUGCACAGCGAAUGCUUCAGAGCUGAUGAGCAUGCCCUCCAGCACACCCGGGGUGUUGGGCAAGAAAGGUAUUUAUUUCGUCUGCAGACCCAAGUUCCAGCUGGACCUAGUUCAGACUGGCGCAGCCCUGUUCCUGCAGAGCUUGCAGAGCAAAUAUUCGUACUGAGAAGUGUUGUUGGAUAGUCUUUUCACUUGCAUGCAUGGAAGCAAGGUGUGUAUGUAUGUUUUGCAUGGCGAGCAUCCACCGGCUUUUCUGCAGAUUACACUGCAUGCGUUGUAAUUCAUUGCAGUUGUUCCAACCUAAGGGUUGGCGACCUAGGUGAUCAUUGAGCGCAGCUAUUACUCAGUAACGCGUUAACGCAUUGCAGCCGCAUUGCAGCGGCUGCAAUGCGGCUUCCAAGUACUAGUUUUACCUUAUUUUCGUGAUCAGAGGAAAAGAGGUGUAUGCUGACUGCAUGUGGGUGCAAUUUUGUUCAUUUGGGUCUGAAAAAUGCUGUAAUUCUUGCUUUCAGUC